AUGCAUCAAGAUGUUGCACCUCGCAACAUCUUAUUUGAACCGUCCAGCAACAGCUUGAAGGUCUUUGAUUUCGACAGGUCCUGUUUAAUCGGAGAUCAACAACCGGGUCGCAAUGAUGUUGAUGGUGUUAUUUUCACUCUUUAUGAGACUCUCACGAAAGACGGGCAUUUUCGAAGAGUUCCUUUCCAUCAACAGCAAGUGGGCAGAGUUGAGGAGAUGGAGGACUGGCCGUUGGUUGUGCCAUUGGAAGAAGGAAAGGGUGGAAUCACUGCGUAUCGGAGCUUUUUGGCCGAGUGGGCGGAAGGCCGGAAAACCACACGAUUUAUCAAACAUCACUCGGAGGCAAAGCACCCGGUUUCUUUCCCGACUUAUCCGAAACUCACUCCGUUCACCAUGGAGGUGGAAGGCGGACAGUUGAAGUACUUACGCCGUCGACGAGCUGAAGUUGUGGCACUCGGGCAGUAUGUUACCCGCUGGGAACGGCCGGCCCAAAAAGAAUAG